AGUUGGUUCAGAAGGGGAUGUUUCUCUAUCCAAUACAGUCUACACUCUCCGUCUCCCUGCAUGGCUCUCCCGAAGGAGGCAGGAGCCCCUCACUCCCUUCUUCCCGACUUUGCCCCAGUGGUUAGCCCCGUCCUGAACUCGGGACUGACUGCCUUCACUGUCAGCCUCACACAUCCAACCCCAAGCCCAGCCCCUGCCCCAGCAGUUGUCACCCAGGCCUCGGACUGACUUGCAAGAACACAAUGACACGUUGGGCUCGUGCUAACAACAUCCAUAAAAAGAAGGUCUUGGAAGCCACACCAUGGAGCCAGAUGAAACAGAAUGGUGGUAAUGACCUCAGUAAGACGAAAGUGAAAAACGGUCGGGCUAAAAAGCAGCAAGCCAAAGAUGGGAGAAUUCCAAACAAAUUGAAACGGAAGGAAAGUGAAUGGUAUCACAUCAAAGAAGAGUAUCAGAGUGAAGAUGUUAAUGGGUUCAUGGAUUACCUAAAAGAAACAGGUCAGGUUCUCCACAAAGGAAUAGUGGUGGCAGCAGACUCUGAAAAGUUAGAAGUUGAUGCGGCACGAGCUCUGAAGAAGGACCAGAGACGGGAGCAUAGAAGGUUGAAGAGGCAAAUGCAAAAGAAAAAUGCCAUGAUAUGUUUCCACUGCAGAAAAACAGGGCAUGGAAUGGACCAGUGUCCAGAAAUGGAUAGAGACGAAGAAGGGAAUGGAAAUGGUAUCUGUUACCGAUGUGGCUCCACAGAACAUGAGAUCCAGAAAUGUAGAGCAAAGGUUGACCCUGCUUUAGGAGAAUUUCCAUUUGCAAAAUGUUUUAUCUGUGGUGAAAUGGGGCAUCUUUCAAGAUCCUGCCCGGAUAACCCGAAGGGACUAUAUGCAGAUGGCCGUUGCUGCAAGCUGUGUGGUUCAGUAGAGCAUUUUCAAAAGGACUGCCCAGAUCAUCAGAAUACGAGUAAUUCUGUUUUAACUGUUGCCCGAUGGACUGAAGGAAUGAGUGCUGAUUAUGAAGAAAUCCCGUUGCCUUCAGAUACUCAUAAAGCAAAACCUAAAGUUUCAAAAACUGUAAAUUUUUGAAUGGAUCUUUGAAAUGAGAAUUGCAUCGAUUAGCUUGUAGGGGAAUCCUGCAACUCAUCUAAAGAAUAUUUGUGAUAACAAGACGUAGAGUUGGAUGAACACAGCAGGCCAAGCAGCAUCAGAGGAGCAGGAAGGCUGAUGUUUCAGACCUAGACCCUCCGUCUCCAGCAUCUGCAGUUCCUACAAUCUUUAAAGAUGAAGAAUAUUUGUGUUUUGAUUUAAAAAUUUGAAUGUUAUGUUGAAAUGGGAAGCGUGAAAAAAAUCAAUUUAAUUCCAGCAGGUGGGGCUAUUGUGUGUCAAAUCCAGGCCUGAUGAAAUUUAAAACUGUUCAUUGCACCUAAUUCUAAUAAAUGGUUGUAUACAAUUGUAUUGAGA